UGUCAGUCGAGAUUGGUACGUUUCCGUGUGCAAGUGUGUGUCCGUACAAUGGCGUCAUCCCGUAAAAAGCAGGACGAGAAAAACUUAAAGACGCUCCGCGAACUGGGCUCGUCGCCCCAGAACAAGUACUGUUUCGAUUGCAAUCAACGCGGACCGACCUAUGUGAACGUUACCAUCGGCUCGUUCGUGUGCACCAAAUGCUCCGGAAUGCUACGCGGCAUAACCCCGCCGCACAGGGUGAAGAGCAUCUCCAUGGCGACGUUCACGCAAGACGAGAUCGAGCUGCUGCGCAGCCGCGGCAACGACUACUGCAGGAAGACGUGGCUCGGCCUCCACGAGGGCACCACCCUGCCCCUGACGAAUGACGAGCAGGCCAUCCGCGACUUCAUGGUGGACAAGUACGAGCGGCGGCGCUACUACCUCGAUCCGGGCGCGGCGCCCGCCAGCAACGGCGUCAAGCCGGAGCGGCCCCGGCAGCCGCCCGCGGUGGCCGACCAUAAGCCUCUGGCCCGCGUCAACGGCGUGCACAACGGGACGGUGACGGUGCCGCCGCCCCAGAACACGCACAGGACCAGGCCGGAGGUCAACAGGAACAACGACUUCGUGGCCGACUUCGACAAGGCGGAUAUCUUCCAGAUGAACAACAACGCCGGCAACGGGGCCGCUUCCUUCGCCAAUUUCGACAACAACCCGGUGUUCAGCAACCACUCCGCCACCAAUGGCACAUCGACAGGUUUAUUGACACCCGCUCCCCUGAACGGCGUCCAGAACGGCUUGAACGGCACCAGCACGAACGGCACGAACGGCUGGACCCAGCACCAACAGACCGCCCCACCGCCCCCGGUGGAAGACAAGUACGCCGCCCUCAAAGACCUGGACAACGCCCUCAAAUCACAGUCCACCCUCGAUUGGGGAUCGACGGGAUCCAACGGGUCCCUGUACAGUUCACCCACACCGACCGGUUCCAUGUACAGUUCUUCGUCUCCGCAGAGCUCGAUCUUCGGCUCACCUAGUCAAAGUAAUUUCAUGAGUGCCUUCCAAGCGCCGCAGCAGGAGAACGGCACGACGAACGGCGUGUCGAAUCCGUUCAACGCGAACGGCACCGGCGCCAUGAACUGGUCGACGACGGUGGUGAACGGCAACGGGAACGGCACCAACGGCAUGCAGCCGUUCGCCAAUCCAUUCAAGGUGAACGGAUUCGCGCAGGGCUUCCAACCGCUCGCCGCCUAUCCGACGAUGAAUCCGAUGCCGGCCGUCAACGGCACGGGCGCCUGGCCCCCGAACCCUUUCAAGGUGGGUGCGACUGGGGCGAUGAAUUCGAACAACCCGUUCUUAUGAGGGCAGCAGUACUCAGGCCCGUGGCCUUGGACAUUUAGGACCCCCUCUCAGUAUAACAACAACACCAACAAUUCUUGAUGAUCGACUUGAAAACAUGUAUAUUUCUCUUUCAUUCUCUCUAACUUUUUGGCGGACACGUCCGAUUAUAAUUUUAGCUUCCUAAUGUUUAUUUAUUUGUAACAAGUCUUAUUUAUUCGGUUCUGUAGCCCUUUGUACAGUGGGGAACGUAUAUCAAAGUUAUGCCAAAAAACGCUUUCAUCUAUGAAUAUAAUAUUAAACAAUAUUAGUUUUAGUUUGUAACAUGUAAAACGUAGUUAAUAAUACGCUUAAGGACUUAAAAAUCAAAUUACAUGUGGUUGCCUUGAAUGAAAAUAACAGUCCUUUUAACUCUACUGUUCACUAGGUUUUCUCUGCUUCGAAUACGUUAUUUAUUUAUGUUGUAUAGUGUAUUUUUAAAAGUGUAUGCUCAGUAUGCAGCAAAAUGUGAACAUUAGUUAUUAUAAGUUUGCUGUUUGACUACAGUUUGUUUAAAUUGACGCUAUUAGUUAUUUAAGGAUAUAUUUUUUACUGUUGUGUAUAUGUUUAAUUAGUUCAUUAGUUUUGCUAAACCUACAGUGCUCACACUUUGCUAUUCAAUAUUUAUAAGUGAUGUAAUGUACAUUCAGUUAUGUCCCAGUUCGGGCGAGUCCCCAAAAUUGACAUCUGAAUGGAUAUAACAUGACAUCAUGUUUAUAUAAUUAUUUUUUUGUCAGAGUAAAGCAAGAAUUUUACUGGAAACAGUACAAAGAGUAGGAUUCCACAGGAACAAACAGAUAUGAACAAUAUUUUUUUGUAUAUUUAUGUAAUUUUGUUCAGGGAAUGUGGCCUUUGAGAGAGACUGUUUUUCUGAUGGAUAGCAUCAUGUUUGAUUUUGUUUUUUGUAAGAAUUUUAAUUAAUACUGACAUAUUCUGUGAUAAAAAUUUUCGAAAACCUGUAUUAACAUUUUUUUGUAUGUUCUGGUGUACGAGUUUCAUCGCUAAUCAAAUAUUUGAACGUCUCAGUAAAUUAUAUAUAAAACAGUUUGUCCGUCCUGGUAACUGUAUACAAUUGUAGAAUUUGUUAUGCAAGCACAAUUUACUCUGUAUAUUCUUGUCAAAAGGUUGUGUACAUAAAAAUAACACCAAAA